UGACAACAUAAAGUUAUUCUGACGAGCAAGACGGAAAAAUAUUUCGGUGGAUUUCAACAACAUUUAGGCUCGGAAAUGGCUGUACGCUUGUAGCAGUAGUAGUAAAGGUGCUUUCAUGAAAGACCUUCCUGUGAUGUUACCGUGGCAACAAGUUUGUGAAAGGCAGUUUGAAUGUGGAUCAAAACCUGAGCAUUACUGGUGGUUGUAAGGAUGAAUUAUUACAGAUUUUUGAAUGCUGUCAGCGCAGCCCGGAAACCCAUGAUGUUGAGAGUGUUGACUGCCAUUCAGGCACAGAGCCCACCCACAAUGAUCUCCAUGGCAACAGGAAUGCCCAACGUUGAGCUGUUUCCAUUCAGAGAAGCUGAGUUCCGGCUGAGUGAUGGCAAUAAGCUGAAGAUUGACUCAGCCUCCAUGAAACAAGCCCUGCAGUAUUCGCCUUCACAAGGUAUUGCAGGUUUGGUUGACUGGAUAAAACAGCUCCAGGAGAGGGUACAUGACCCCCCGUUACUGACCCCAGCAGACCCCAACCAUCCAGGCAGAACACAGCUGGCCAUUACUACGGGCAGUAUGGAUGGGCUGUGUAAGGCCAUGGAAGCUCUUGUCUCAAAGGGAGAUAAUGUGUUGAUGGAGAGUGCCCUCUAUCCUGGUGCUCUGGCUGCAGUGCAACCUCUGGGCUGUAACAUCAGGAGUGUGAAGACUGAUAGUGAUGGCCUUGACCCUGAUGACCUCCAGAAAGUUAUGUCAAAAUGGACACCAGAAGAUGCCACUAAGUCAGACAGUGAUAUUCCCAAACUCUUGUACUGUGUACCUAAUGGUGGAAACCCAACCGGCCAUGGCCUGACACUGAAGAGGAAGGAGAAAAUCUACAAGAUAGCCCAGACAUAUGACCUUGUUAUUCUGGAAGAUGACCCCUACUUCUACCUGCAGUUUAACAAGCCUCGAGUACCAAGUUUCCUCUCUCUGGACACCGAUGGAAGAGUCCUUCGCUUUGACUCCUUCUCCAAAGUGCUGUCCUCUGGGAUGAGGGUUGGCUUUGUGACUGGUCCCAGGACACUAGUGGACAGAAUCAUCCUCCACAUGCAGGCCUCUGUCCUACACUGCAGCAGUCUCUCUCAGGUGUUGUUACUAAAGUUACUGCAGGACUGGGGGUCUGAAGGGUUUGACAAACAUGUGGAGAAAGUUGCCAGUUUCUACAGAGAAAGAAGAGACAUUUGUUUAAAAAUGGCAGAAAAACAUCUCAAAGGUUUAGCAGAUUGGUCUGAGCCAACAGGUGGAAUGUUUCUCUGGAUCAAACUAGAUGGUAUUCCAGACACUUACAAACUGAUUUUGGAGAAGGCCAGGGAGAAGGAGGUGUUGUUUGUGCCUGGGAGCAUCUUUCUACCUGACUACACUUCACCCUCGUCCUACAUGAGAGCUGCCUACUCACUGGCCACUCCUGAACAAAUGGAUGAGGGUUUCAGAAGACUGGCGCAGUUGAUCAGGGAGGAGGUUUCAUGCAGUGUGUGACGAGGAAGCUAGACCAUGACGUUGUACUUUCUAGGACCGGUUACCCUCAGGAACGUCAUUACAGUAUAAUCAGCUGACUGACUGAUCAGGGAGGAAGUUUGCAGAGGAAAUGUCGGUUACCUUCAGGAACGUCCUUACAGUAUAAUUAGCCAAAUGACAGCUGAUUCUGAUCAAGGAUGAGAUGUGAUAAGGAAGUGGAAAACCCAGCUGAAUGGCCUGAAAUGAAUGCUUGCAGUUUGCAGUUUGAUGAGUCCAUGCCACUAAUGUGCUGCCGCCACUGAAGUAUCAUGUAGAAGACACCAGACAUGACAUCUCUUCCUAUCAGAUUAUACUGACAUUGUGCUAACCAGUCUUGUUUCCAUGCACUAACCUCUCAGUGCUGAGCACCAAGCGAGGUAAUAAGUACCAUUUUUAAAGUCUUUUGUAUGACCUGCACCGGGUUUGAUCCUGGGCCUCCCGACUUUGCCAGGUUUGAUGCUGGGUCUCCUGACUUUGCCGGGUUUGAUCCUGGGUCUCCCGACUUCGCCGGGUUUGAUCCUGGGUGUCCUGACUUCGCCGGGUUUGAUCCUGGGUCUCCUGACUUCGCCGGGUUUGAUCCUGGGUGUCCUGACUUCGCCGGGUUUGAUCCUGGGUGUCCUGACUUUGCCGGGUUUGAUCUUGGGUCUCCUGACUUCGCCGGGUUUGAUCCUGGGUCUCCUGACUUUGCCGGGUUUGAUCCUGGGUCUCUUGACUUCGCCGGGUUUGAUCCUGGGUCUCCUGACUUCGAGGUAAAUGCUCUAACCAUUAGGCCACAGAAGAGUUUGAAUGACAUUGAAGUAUGCAUCAUCAUGCCUGUCAGUCAAGAUGAAGUAAUCAUCAUGCAUGUCAGUCAAGAUGAAGUAAUCAUGCAUGUCAGUGAAGAUCGAGUAAUAAUCAUGCCUGUCAGUCAAGAUCAAGUAAUAAUCAUGCUUGUCAGCCAAGAUGAAGUAAUCAUGCAUGUCAGUCAAGAUCAAGUAAUCAUCAUGCAUGUCAGUCAAGAUCAAGUAAUAAUCAUGCAUGUCAGUCAAGAUGAAAUGCUUGAUGCAUUAAUUUCUCAAAAUAAGCUAGUCACAAUAGUCACAAAAAUGUUCAUUUCUAGACCAACUGAUAUGUGGUUGAUUGACAGCAGUGCUCAGUUUGGGUAUUUUGGCUGACUGGAGGAUAAGUAGGGCAGCACAUACUGCACAGUGAACAAAUACAGGUACAUGUACACCUACAUUCUGAGAUUCACGUCCUCUCACCUUGCAUGACGUUUCAAAACCACCCUGAUCUAUGCAUUAUGUUCGCAUAUUGAAUGAGUACCAUUUUUUUGAUUGGUUGAUGGUUCCUUAAAAUAUCUGCUUUAAAUUUGGCCCGAGUUUGACAAAUUUUUUUUCCCGCAGAUCAAAUUCAAAUUUUACAUAUUUAGCUUGAAAUGUAAAUGAAUUACAGUCCGGUUAUUUUGAGAUUAACUUCAUGGGAUGUUUUAGGAUGAACCCCUUGGCGUUGUUUUGGGAUGAACCUCAUGGGGUUGUUUUGGGAUGAACCUCACGGUAUGUUUUGGGAUGAACCUCAUGGGUUGUUUUGGGAUGAACCUCACGGGGUGUUUUGGGAUGAACCUCAUGGGUUGUUAGGAUGAACCUCACAGGCUUGUUUUAGGAUGAACCUCACCUUCAAACAUAUCAGGACGUGUUUUAUGGCGUCACAUGUGGUAGUGUAUGUCUGCUCACUGCUACUGGUACAUGUAUCUGUCUAUAAUAUAGGCAAAGUGGUAUUAAGCCAUAAUGUUUCUGCCAUAUAGCGGUACGUGUGCUUGAUAGGGUCAAUUGUAACUGACCACAAACUCUCAUUUGUCCGACUGUAGCUUUAAGUCAGGAGGUAUAUUAGGUGUGGUUGUUUCCUCCAGACCCAUCCCCGAUAAAUAAAUAUUAUCAUGUAGGCCCUUUUAAUGAACUGUUAUUUGUGAGUUCAACCUCCACAUUGUCCCAUUCACACGGGCGUUUAUGAAAAAAAUGUAACGAAAGCCAAUGUGAUCAGAAUGGUUGUAUUAAAUCUGUUAUGGGAGUAACAGGCUUUCAGAAAUACAAGUGUUGGUUGGUUGGUAGCCAUGGUAGUGGGGACGUCAUGAUUGCAUGUAGCUGAUGGAGAAGUCUUCUGUUGUCAUCAUACAGCACUGCUGAGAUUUGAUUUCAUUGGACAGAAUUAUUAAUAGUUUGCUUUUUUCAAUUUCAUAUGCAACCUGUGGUAUUUAAAUAUAUAUGGUGGUUGAUUUGAAAAGUAUCAGUGUCCAGUUGUAUUCAUUUUUAAUCCGAUCAUGGUAAUAUUUAAAUGAUAUGUUAUAAAGAACCCAAAUAUUCUAGCUCAAAAUGUCUCUGGCUUUUUCACAUACAUGUACUAUAGGGAGUAGGGAUACAGCCACAAUGUUACACUGGAUCCGAGACGAUAAUUGAUGUAUCAAAGAUGAUAACUUAUGUAUCUGGGAUGAUAACUGAUGUAUCCGAGAUGAUAACUGAUGUAUCUGGGAUGGUAAUUGAUGUAUCUGAGAUAAUAACUGAUGUAUCCAAGAUGAUAACUGAUGUAUCUGGGAUGAUACUUGAUGUAUCCGAUAUAACUGAUGUAUCCGAAAUAACUGAUGUAACUGGGAUGAUAAUUGAUGUAUCCAAGAUAACUAAUGUAUCGGAGAUGAUAAUUGAUGUAUCCAAGAUGAUAACUGAUGUAUCCAAGAUGAUAACUGAUGUAUCCAAGAUGAUAACUGAUGUAUCUGGGAUGAUAAUUGAUGUAUCCGAGAUAAAUAAUGUAUCUGAGAUGAUAAUUGAUGUAUCCAAGAUGAUAACUGAUGUAUCCAAGAUGAAAACUGAGGUAUCUGGGAUGAUAACUGAUGUAUCCAAGAUGAUAACUGAUGUAUCCGAGAUGAUAACUGAUGUAUCUGGGAUGAUAAUUGAUGUAUCCGAGAUAACUGAUGUAUCUGAGGUGACAUUUUAACUGACAAAACAGUGUAAUGAUUAAAUUCAGUUGAACACUGAUUGUGCAGAUAUUGGUUAUUUGAGUAAGUCACCAACAGGUCAUAAAUAAAAUAUACACAUGGCUGAAAUGUCUUACAGUAAAGGCUAUAUUA